AAGUGCACCAAAGCGCAAGUAAAGUUGUACCUGAAGCACGCACGUCCUUCCUAUUGCCCGAAGAGACCAGUGGCGUACGCUGCACUUCCCAAGGUAGAUGCAGAACUCGAAAGGCUCCAGAACAACGGAAUCAUUUCUCCGGUUCGAUUCUCGGACUGGGCAGCUCCAAUAGUCGUCGUGCGCAAGGCGGACAACAUAUCAGUCCGCGUGUGUGGUGAUUAUUCGACGGGGCUGAACAACGCGCUAGAAUGUGACCGCCAUCCGCUGCCUCAUCCUGAUGACCUCUUUGCGGAACUGGCUGGGGCACGCUACUUCACGCAUCUCGACUUAUCCGACGCUUACCUGCAGGUCGAGGUGGAGGAGGAAUCACGAAAAUUGCUCACCGUGAACACUCAUCGUGGCCUUUUCCAGUACAACCGACUGCCCCCUGGAGUCAAGUCGGCACCCGGCGCUUUCCAGCGCAUCAUUGACAGUAUGGUAGCUGGCAUACCUGGAGUCAAGCCAUACCUGGAUGACAUCCUCAUCGCUGGUCGCACGAAACAGGAACACGAUCGCAAUCUGCACGCCGUUCUCGAACGUAUUCGUGAGUAUGGUUUUCACUUACGUCUCGAAAAAUGCCGUUUCGCACUCUCCCAGAUCGAGUUCCUCGGACACAUCGUGGAUAAGGAUGGUAUUCGACCCGAUCCAUCGAAAACGGAAGUUAUUACCAUGAUGCAGCCACCGAAAGAUGUCCAGCAGCUCCGCUCUUACCUCGGUGCUGUGAAUUACUACGGUCGGUUCGUCAAGCAGAUGAAGAAGCUCCGGGCACCCCUGGACAAUCUGCUCAAAAAGGAUGCCCGCUGGAAUUGGACCGACGAUUGUCAGCAUUCCUUCGAGCAGUUCAAGACCAUUCUCCUUUCCGAUCUGCUGCUUACCCACUACGACCCUUCCAAGGAGAUCAUCGUCGCAGCAGAUGCAUCGAAGUACGGUCUUGGCGCAGUUAUCAUGCAUCGAUUCCCGACUGGUGAGGUGAAGGCUAUCGCUCAUGCCUCUCGUUCGCUGACACCAGCAGAGAUAAACUACGGCCAAGUGGAAAAGGAAGCAUUGGCCCUGAUCUUUGCGGUCACUCGUUUCCACAAAAUGCUCUACGGACGCCACUUUCUCCUACAGACCGACCAUCAACCACUUCUCAAGGUUUUCGGUUCAAAGAAGGGGAUUACGGUAUACACAGCAAACCGCUUGCAAAAAUACUUCGCUAGACGAGAUGGGCUUCAAAUCGUCGACCACUGCGUCAUGUUCGGCGAUCGAAUCGUCGUGCCACUCAAAUUUCGCAAACGCAUUAUUCGACAGCUACAUCGUGGACACCCAGGAAUGGACCGGAUGAAAUCGUUGGGUCGCAGCUACAUCUACUGGCCUAAUGUGGACGACGAUGUAGCGCAAUUUGUUCGUCAGUGCACCGCGUGCGCUGAAGCAGCAAAAUCUCCGACGAAAGCAACCCUGGAAUCGUGGCCCCUAGCAGUGAAGCCGUGGCAACGUGUCCACAUCGAUUUUGCUGGCCCAAUCGAUGGGUACUACUACUUCGUCAUCGUGGACGCCUACUCUAAGUGGCCCGAAAUUUUCCGUACGCGAUCCAUCAACACAACUGCGACGUUGGAUAUGCUACGUGAGACGUUUUCCCGUUUCGGCAACCCGAAUACUUUGGUCUCGGAUAACGGAACACAAUUCACCAAUGUGCAGUUUCAGCUGUAUUGCAGUGAAAAUGGUAUUGCUCACCUUCGUACUGCUCCUUACCACCCGCAGUCCAACGGCCAAGCGGAGCGAUUCGUCGAUUCCCUCAAGCGUGGUCUCAAG